AAGUGAGAAACAAUUGUGAGGUGAGGCAGUGACUGAUUGACGAACAAUAUGUAGACCAAAUUUCGCCCAAUAACCAUUCUUGGGCGUUGACCAUUGUAAGAUGGCCACGUUAAUACCAUCAUUGUUUCCCUAAAAAUAUUAUACCCAAUCGACGCCAUUGUUCAUUAAGUAUUUCAGUAACCUAACGGGUUACCUGUUACGGACGAUGAUCAAUAACAAUACAGUCAUGUACCUGUACACACACAUGGAUAUCGUCUCAUAUGUUUUGUGAUACACGUUUGGAUUUGAGUGGUUUAAAAAGGAUAUAGCGGGAUAUAGCGGCGAUGUUGAGGAAGAAAACCAACGCUACGUCUUUCAAUUCUGUCACGAUGGUACGUUUUAUCAAGGGCAACAAGCUGCGUAAAUUAAUAAGUACGGGAUUAUUGGUAUUGAUAUUAAUUAAUCUUGUAUUAAUUUACAAUAGAAGUAACAAAUACAAAGUUCCAGAAGUAAUCAAAGUUACCCAAAAAUUACCACUUUUACAAAAUGAUAAAUGGAUUGUAGUGACAACAUCGUCAUUUAGGGAAGAAGAUAUUAGGGCUCUGACCAGAAUUCCUGGGUGGAAAGUUGUAGUUGUGGCAUUGAAUAGGGACACAAUCCCGACAGUACGAUUAAACAACUGUGUAUAUUUAGACAUUGUUGAACAGAGUCAACUUGGUUAUAAAACAGCAGAUUUCAUACCAGAAGGAAGCUACGCCAGGAAAAAUAUCGGUUAUCUCUACGCUAUUUCUCAUGGCGCCAAAGUGAUUUUUGAGACUGAUGACAACGUGCGCCUAUUGGGUGGAUUACGACGAUUUAAAUUUGAGACGAGGAUGCGAGGUUUGGUGUAUGCAGGCGAAAAUUUGUUUAAUCCCUAUCGCCAUUUUGGCCAACCUACAUUGUGGCCCCGGGGUUAUCCAUUAAGUGCAAUAGGAGAGGAAAUAAACAAUAAAUAUAUCUUGCAUGAUUUUAAAACACCCAUAAUCCAACAGGGAAUAAUAUCGAACGAUCCAGACGUCGACGCAAUUUUAAAAUUGAGUCGCAAAAUGACAAAAGCUCAUUUUAACACUACGUUUGAUACCAGAGCACCUCCUGUGAUUUUACCAGCUGGAGUGUUCUCUCCCUUUAAUUCCAAAGACACGCUCUUCCUGUACAAUGCUUUAUGGGCACUAAUGUUACCCACAACCGUGACAAAUAGUGAGACAGAUAUCUGGCGCGGAUAUUGGAUCCAGCGACUUUUAUGGGAAAUUGAUGGCAAUUUGGCAUUUUUUCCACCCAAUGCUGUCCACACGGAUAGCGAACAUUUUACUUUGGAUAAGGCUGUCGUCGAUGAAAAACGUGUUUAUUUUCAAACGGAAGAUGUGAUAAAGUUCUUGAGGCAAUGGCAAUGUCCUGAGGAUUUUAUAUUCUAUGAUUGUAUUAUGAGACUCAGUAGUGAAAUGGUGAAUCAUGAUUUCUGGGACUAUAGUGAUUAUGAUUUGGCAAAAUCAUGGCUGAAUGAUCUGAAAGCAGCAGGAUUUGUGUUACCACAAAGACACAGUACCAAACCCAUUUCUCAUAUGCAGUCUCUUUUCCAAAAUAUCAGCAAUAUUAAAUCGGAAGUAUCUAAAGACCCCAGAGACCCCAAGGCAGUGUAUUUUUGGCCUUCUGAACAGAAUCCACCUUCAAUAUAUUCCAGUGCUGUGGAAACCAAUGGUAUGUCAUGGAAUCACAUAAACAGGGUGAUUAAAAUGUGUUCAGGUGCUCAAGUCUCUAUCUCACACAACAUGUUUAAAGCACACAAACAAUACGAGGACAUAUUGUUAAUAAUAGUGUUUAACUUUCCACAUUUAAAUAACAUCCAUAAUUUACAGACAUUAUACAGUAUUCAUUUCCCACAUAUGCUGUUUUGUGCAAACGAUACUAGACAAUUUGAAGCGGUUUCAAAAAAUCUAAAACAAAGGGUGAGCUUUGUUAAAACUUAUACCACUCAAGGUAUCGUAAUAUAUAAUUGUUUAAGUCAUGCAAUAACUAUGAACUAUGACGUCAGUGGUUAUAUCAUUAUGGGUGAUGACGUACUACUCAAUACUUGGAAUAUAGCAGAUCUACCACGCGAUAAAUUUUGGUUUCAAAAAUCUCUGCAAGUCUUUAAUAAGUCAGACUCUUAUGAACGAAAUCGUUGGAUUUGGUGGAAACGAAAGUCUGGAAAACAGGCGUAUAAUAAUUUGUUCAACUUUCUACAAACAAUCCCAUCCCUUAAUCCUGAAAAAGCACCUAUAAUUCAUGACUUUAAUCAGAUGCUUAAAAGUAAUACACAAUCGGACGAUGGACUUUUACGAGCUGUAGCGGAUUUUUUAUAUGUACCAAAGCGUUUUAAGGACCGUAUGUUAUACUUUUUAGAAAUCUUUUCCAGGCAUGGGGUGAUGUUAGAAUUGACGCUACCUACUGUAAUGGGAGGAUUGGAUCACCGCAAAAAUAUUGUACCCAUACGUGGUGUUGUUUUAUGGUACGAAAACCGUUCAAACUAUACUGCCAGUUUCAACCCAUCGAGUCAUUUUAUGCACCCACUGAAGUUAGGUAAAGAAAUGAAAAAGGAGAAAGGUUGGCGUUUUGUUUGCUCACGUGUUAUCCCAUUGAUGCUGCAUGGAGUAGCAAAAAAGAAUUAAUACAGUUGUCGGAAAACCAGUGGGUGUGUCUGAAAUUAAGACUAAUAAGAUACAUGAGUUUGCCUUUACAACCUUUGUCUCUGUGUUCCUACCAGUGUAGCGGGGUUCUCUGUGAAUGGGACUCGGGACUGAAAAGGGCACCAGUUUUCGUCUGGAACUCGGGACUGAAAAUGGUACCGUUUUCGUAUGGAACUUAGUAGGCUAUUUCACUGUCUUACCAAAAAGUGUAGUAAAUGAGGCAAACACGAAAUGAACUGGCUCAAAAUUGCCCACAUCGUUCCAACCUAACCGACUAGUGGCUAAGCUUACCCACUAACUUGCUAAAAACCUAUCUUCAAAAGGUCACUUGAAGUAUCAGCUACACUUAUUUUCAUUGUCGUUAUGAAAAAGAGGUUUGCAGUUACCUUACUAGAGUGAACUUCAUGGAAGACGAAAUCAAUUAUAUGUGUGAAAUAGCUUUAUUUAACGCCCGCUUCCACAGAGGUGAUAUUGCAGACAAAGCCAAUUAUAAAUUGUUAAAUUGUUUUAUAGCGAUGACUGACUAGUGACUAAAGAACAUAAAUAUAUAUCUUUAGUAUUUAUGGAAAUUCUACAUUUGUGCUUGGAACGAUUUACGAAUUUCUCUCGUUUGUGCGUAAGAACAUGUCAGUCUGUAAUUUAUUCAUUAUAUUUUAAUGGCUCCCGGUGUUGGUCGAGAAAUUUUUCUCUUUCCCUUUUCUAGUGAGGGUGCCCCUUAAUGGCAGAUGAAAAUCGAAAUAACCAGGACAAAAUUUCUAUUGUUAAUAUACUUAGAGGCCCGACAAUUUUAAGAAUACAACAGAAUCUCGUUUGUUUUAUCGCUAACCAAAUAUAUCAAAAUAUAUAUUCUUAUAUACGUGUAUAUUAAUAUCCGGUUACUAUCCCCUCUGUCCAUCAGCUAGAUGAGAUCAAAGUAUCCAUAGCAAGAACGGUCAGCUCUUUAUCUAAAUGUCACAUAAUAGAUGAUACAUCUUUAAGGAAAAACCGUAGACGAGUUUUCAAUGGGAAAUUAACCGUUUCGUUUUUGUUGUUGUUGAUUGUUAUGUUUCCAUCUUAAUGUAUUUAUUGUAAUUGCAAUAAUAAUAUGCUUGUAUGUUUUUGUAACAGAGUCCAACUACGUAUGUUAAAAAUAAAAUAACUAAACCAAGUAAUAAAAAGUGCAGUAGGCUGUGGUAAUGUCUUGCCUAAAAGCCUAGUAACCGAAGCAGUAACGAAAUGGACUGACUCAAAAUGUAUUAGUUCAGUGAUCACUUGGCUAUGGCUUAACCGCUGUCUUGCUCACAACAUGUCAUCAAAACGGCACCACACAGCGCCACCGUAUAACAUUACACCUAAAUGCGGAUUCAAAUAGCUUACACGUAUAAGCAUAAAUUAAACAUAAUUUAUGCAAGAGCUAAAUCUGCCUAUUUCAGGUCUUUCUUUGGGCCCGAGAUGUUAUCUAAAUUAUUAAUUAGACAUGACUCAACUUAUCCAGACCAUAAUCAACUCUCGAUGUCAACGCUAGACUGCGAUGUUACUGGGUUAGGAUACCAUUUGCUGCUCCACUUUCAUUCUUGAUUUAAUCAUGAAAUGGAUAAUCGAGACUAUUUUUUUUUAUCGUACCAACUUUAGUAAUGAUUAUCGAGGCUAGGCUGAAAAUUCAAUCGCUAAAAUCUCAGUUCAGAGUGGAUCAAUUUGACUGAAAUUUUCAGCAAAUUCCCUUAACAUUAUCUAGUUUUUAACUAUUAUUGUGAGAACUGCCAGCUCUUUAUCUAAUCUCCCAUAAUGUAUCUUUAAGUAUUACAUACCCAAUACCGGUUUGUAUAAUUAAGUCGUUCGAGUGUCGUUCUAUUUUACUAUAGAAAUCAGCAAGUGUUGUUAAUCAGAGUACCAAGUCGUCAAGAUGUCAGUCCAAGGUCAAGAUCAAGAAAUCGACACAAAUCCUGAAAAUCCACAAGCCAAUCCACCGACAAUUAAUAAUGGUGAAGAGCAAGAUAAUGAAGAAAACGUCACAUCUCUUAAACGUCAGAGAAAACAGCUCAAGAGCAAAUUUACUCAUUCAAUAAAUCGUGUUCAGUCUAAUAUCAGAAAGGGGGAGGCCAACGUUAGAGGUCU